GUGGCAGUAACGCCAAAUUGUGCUGCUACAUUAACUAGCGAAGAAGAAACAGCGCGAAUACUAACUGUGAUUGGACAGAGUACCACGUGGUUCGAUCGUCAUUACCGGAAGAAUGACAACUAGUAUUUGUUGCUAAUAUUUUAGGAGCCAAUGUAGAAACAUUGAAUGGACCAAAAUGGCUUCUUACUUUGAUGAACAUGACUGCGAGCCCACCAACCCAGAGGAGCAGUACCGCCAGAAUGCACUACUUGAAUUGGCCAGGUCUUUAAUGCAGGGCUUGGACUUACUUGACUCAGAAGCAUUCGACCUGUCAGACUGGGACCAGCGUCUUCCUCCUCCAGCUGCUAAAACUGCUGUUCAGACUCUCACAGUAGUUGUAAUUUCACCAGAGCAAGCAGACAAAGGUCUCAAGUGUCCUGUGUGUUUGCUGGAGUUUGAAGAACAAGAGACAGUACGAGAAAUGCCAUGCAAACACCUUUUCCACUCCGGAUGUAUACUGCCCUGGUUGGGAAAGACUAACUCAUGUCCUCUAUGCCGACUCGAAUUACCAACUGAUAAUCCAGAGUAUGAAGAGUUUAAAAAAGAUAAGGAGAGAAGAAAACAGAGUGUACACAGACUGGAGUCUUUACAUGGAUCCAUGUACACAUGACAGAAAUGUGCUGUCACUUUUGAAUAACGAUUACACUUAAAGACAAUGAAGCUUCAGGAAAACACAACGCGGCAUUCAUGCCAUGUUGUACAUCGUGUAAUAUCAAUGAUUUUUUACAAAGUUAACCAAAAAUGUGAGGUGUGUCAGACUUUUAAUAUCUCCAGUACAGAAAGUUUCAUUUAAAAAUCUUUCGCAUGGCAUGAACGCAGCACAAGUGUAAGAUCACUGAAAACUGGAAACACUUUCUCACUAGUUAUGAAAAAUAUAUUUUAGGUUGCUGUUGCUAGCAGCACAAAGCAAUUCAUUUCAGUCUGUUAUUUUUACAUUUACGAGCUUUACCGGCACAAAAAUGUUUAGUAUAUCUGUUGAAUUCACAUUUAAGGAAUCUAUUUUAAUCAACAAUUCACUUGUAUUCUUCCAUAAAAAUAAUCAUUAAAGAGAAUUUAAAUUUUAAAA